GCGGCGGCGCUGGCGAUGGCGGCGGCCGCGGCUUUGUCUGCGCCCAGCGCCUGAGCGCGGCCCCGGCCCGGGCGGUCGCUCCGCUCCGAGCAGCGGCGGCGGAGUCAUGACCGCAGAGCCCGUGAGUGAAAGCAAGUUGAACACAUUGGUACAGAAACUACAUGACUUCUUGGCUCACUCAUCAGAAGAAUCUGAGGACGCAAACUCUCCUCCAGCAUUAUCUAAAAACAAAAGCACAGGUAAAAGUAGAGAACCUAAAGGAAGUCCAGCUUCAAUGGAGAACAAUAGAGAUGAGGGCAGUAGUUCUUCAGAAAGAACCAAAUCCUUAGGAUUAUCCCGUUCCAAAAGGAAACCUACAGUUGUAACAAAAUACGUUGGGUCAGAUGAGGAACAAAUUGUAGAUGAAACUGUAAAUGAAGACGUUUCAAAUGAGAACUCAGAAAACGAUGUAGAUAUGCAAAGCUUACCUAAAGGUACAGUGGUUGUACAGCCUGAGCCAGUGCUGAAUGAAGACAAAGAUGAUUUUAAAGGGCCUGAAUUUAGAAGCAGAAAUACCGUUAAAAUGAAACCUGAAGCUCCCAAAAAGCGUGGAGAGGAAGGACUACAUGGAAUUGUAAGCUGUACAGCUUGUGGGCAACAGGUGAACCAUUUUCAAAAGGAUUCAAUCUACAGACAUCCUACACUGAAAGUUCUUAUUUGUAAGACGUGCUACAAGUAUUACAUGAGCGAUGACAUCAGCCGGGAUUCCGACGGCAUGGACGAACAGUGCAGGUGGUGUGCUGAAGGUGGAAAUUUGAUUUGCUGUGACUUUUGCCAUAACGCCUUCUGUAAAAAGUGCAUUUUGCGCAACCUGGGUCGAAAGGAGCUCUCGACUAUCCUGGAUGAAAAUAACCAGUGGCACUGCUAUAUUUGCCAUCCAGAGCCUUUAUUGGACUUGGUCACUGCAUGUGACAGUGUCUUUGAAAAUUUAGAACAGUUACUUCAACAAAACAAAAAAAAGAUCAAAGUUGAAAGUGAAAAAAGUAAAAUAUAUGACCAUACAGUCAAGUUUUCUCCAAAGAGAAAUAGUGCAAACUGUAAUGGUGAAGAAAAAAAACUAGAUAAUUCAUAUUCAGGUUCACUAACAUAUUCUUAUAAAGCACUAAUGGUGCCAAAAGACUUGCUUAAGAAAACAAAAAAACUGGUUGAAACUACAGCAAAUCUCAAUUCUAGCUUUGUAAGCUUUUUGAAAAACGCUGCAGAAAAUGUAGAAAUAAGCCCAACUGUGCAACUGUGUCAGCUGAAGGCUUUUAAAUCUGUGCUGAGUGACAUGAAAAAAGCUCAUCUGGCACUAGAAGAAGGUCUGAACCUGGAGAUUCAAGCACUGAAUGUUAAAAUCAAAGAUAAAAAUACCAAAGAGAAAAAAACUGAGGUUAGAUCUGAAAAAAAUGAGGUGAAAAAAGAUGAAGGAAAGGAACAUGUGGCAUUAAAAGAGGAUGACACUGUACAGACGCCGAAAAAGGUUGUAUCAGAACAGCCUGACAGUGAGCCCAUGGAUCAAAGUGUUCCAACAGUGGAACAGACUGAUAACAAACCUACUUCUGGGGAAGAGAAGAAGUCUGGCAGAAAUGAAGAACCUCAGUAUGAGCCGAACAGUACAGAGGCUUUGGACAUGGAUAUAGUGUCCAUUCCCUCAUCUGUUCCUGAAGACAUUUUUGAGACUCUAGAAUCUGCUAUGGAGAUUCAGAUGCCAUCAGAUGAGCAGGAGAGUGGAAAUACAGGAACAGAUCAUGAGACUCUAAAUUCAAAUACAAAAUCGAACGCUCCCGUGAAAGAUGCCAAAGGUAGUACCAAGUUAAAAUCAUCGGCUAAAGGAACAAAAGAAUUGGUUGUAAAACUGACUCCUGUUUCCCUCUCAGAGGUUACAGUUAAAGCUGAAGAUCGAGACAACAGUUUAGAGAAGGAAAAUAAAAGUGUUGAUGCAAAGCCUAGAGCAGAAAACUGCGACCCUGUGAAACAAAAUCACAAUGCUGGCAGUGAACCCUCCACGGAGAACGAGGCCGUGCCUGUCGAGGAGUCCGAUCUCCGGAGGUCGCCGCGCGUGAAAACCACCCCCCUGCGGCGCCCCACGGACAUGAGCCCUCUGACUUCCAACUCGGAGGAGGACAGCAAUGACAUGGGCAGUGAGAAGCGCAAGGGAAAACCAGCCAAGCAGCCACGGAGGAAAAACGACAAGAGAAACCCUUCUGACAGUGCUGCUGAUGGCCCCAGCCCUGAUAACCUUUCCGAAUCCAAGAAGCCAUAUGUUUUGGAUCAGAGCUCGGAUUCUGAUGAGAUGCCAGCUGUUCUUAAAGAGGCAGGAAUGAUGAGUCACAGUUCCUCAGACAUUGACAGCAAUAGUGAAGCACCAGCAAAUGAUCAGAAGACUUCAGAUUUUCAGAAGAAUCAGCCAGUAAAGGAUGAAAAUGGAAAACGAAAAAGAAAAAGUUCCAGUUCUGGUUCAGAUUUAGAUGCUAAAAGAGGCAAAUCGGCUAAAAACGCCGCCGCUGCUAAAAAGAAGCGACAAAACUAUUCAGAUUCUUCAAACUAUGAUUCUGAGUUAGAAAAAGAGAUAAAAAUGUUAAGUAAAAUUGAGGCUGCCAAAAAGCCUAAGAAAAAAUAUUCACGAAAAGAGGAUAGUUACGAUUCCUCUGAAGAAGAGCAGAGGAAGAAAGUAAGCAGUAAAAGAAAGGUAAAUCGGAAGAAAAAGAAAGGUAAGUCUUCUGAAGAUGAUGAUGAUGUUGAAAAGUCUUCCCCAGAGAAGGAAAUGAACCAUUCUUCUAAAGAUAAAAAAGUGGGUAAGAGGUUGUCUGCUAAGGAGAAGAUAAACAGGGACUCAAAAGAAAAAUCCACAAAGGGAAAACAUGAUGAGUAUUCUGAUGUUGAGAAGUCUUCACUGGAGAAAGAGGAAAGUUCUCCUGAAGGUAACAAAACCAAGGAUUUGAAAAAGAAAAAGGCACAAGAAGAUUCUUCUUCAGAGAGUACUGAGAAAUCUGCAAAGAAAGAGCACAAGUUUGAGUCUUCAAAGGACAGACUCAAGAACAAGAAAGGGUCAGAAAACAAAACGAAGAAAUCUGAAAAAUUGAAAAAGAAAAGUUUCAAGAAAGAGCAAGAUGAUUCCUCAUCUGAUGGUGAGAAGUCCUCUCCAGAGAAGGGAAGUUGCAAUUCUUCUGAAAACGACAAAAUUAAAAAGGAACCUGUAUUUACAGAAAAGAGAAAUUUGAGAGAGAGAGUAGCUAAAAGAGUACACAUUGAUUUAUCCUCUGAUACUGAGAAAUCUCCCCAAAAAGAGGAGAGUUCUUCUGAUGAUGCCAUGCAGCGUAAAAAACGAACUGAAACGAAAGAAAAGAAAAAAAUAAGUCACAAAAAGAAAAUUUCCAAAAAAGAACAGAAUGAUUCAUCUUCUUCUGAUGAGGAGUCUUAUGAAGACAGUAAGAAAAAGACUAAAAGAGGGUCAAUGAAAGAAAGUAAAAGGAGUAGCUUAAAAAAGAAAGUGUCAAAAAAGAAAGUGGUUGUCACUUCCUCUUCCUCAUCUGAUAAGGAAGAAAAUGAUGAGCAGAAUUCCAGUGGCGAUGGAAGCAGCGACGAGCAGAAGAUCAGGCCAGUGACUGAGAGCUUGAUGCUGUCUGCUGGUGCAGGAUUCUGUCAGUCAUCAGGAGAUGAGGGAGAGGCUCUAUCAAGGACUAUUCCAAUGGAGGAGGAGGAAGAUGAUGAUGACGACCCUGAGAAUAGGUAUGAUACCCUCCGUAAGGACUUAAACUCGAUUAUAACACACCCUAGGCGUGGGCGCAAAGCGGCGCAACGGAAGAGCAAGCAGGUUGUAAAAGCCACGGCUGCCUGCCUGGUACAGACUCGCUCACGGGCCUCCCGCAAGCCUGAACACGGGGCCAGAAAACAGAGGCCAAAGCCCAGAAAUGCAAAGCAAGCCUUUAGGAGCCUUAGUUAACACACCUUGCGUAGGGUGUGUUAUAAAUGCUCCGCAGCACUGGCCGGGCUGUGUUCCUGUUGGAAGUGUGGGCUUUGUGACAAGUGUUUCUUUCAGGCAGGUAAAAAGCUACUUCUGAUAAAUGUGAAUUUCAGCUAGUUCUUUGAAUAGAAGGUGACAGUUUGCAUCUGUGCAAUAUGCAGUGCUGCAAUAUUUUCAGAAUUAAUUUGGUUAUUACUGUUACUUAAUAUGCUUUUUUAAUUGAAAUGCCUUUUCCCAAUAAAGAGAAAACACAAAUGUGGGGAAAACAGUAUUAGAUAUUUUCAGAUAAUGUUAAUUGUCAGUAAUGAAUUAACUCAGUUAAUUCAGCUGAGUUCUAAUCCACUAAAGAGUACCUGAAGUGACUAAUGUGACAAUUAAGGCCCUGAUUCUACAAGCACUGUGCAUAGACUCCACUGGUAUCAAAGAGACUAACUAUACACAUAUAUUUUAAGUCUUUGCAUAGAUAUUUUCAGAAUUGUGGCUUAUAUGUAUUGCUUCACUUUCAAAUUCAAUAAAAGUGAACCUCUGUAAGAUACAGUUAGUUAAGACAUGUCAUAUUUUGCCAGAAUCACUGUAGCUAUCAAAAUUAGCCUGGCUAGAAAUGUAAAAGCUUUGUUUCCUCAUGAGUAAAUGCACACCAUGAAGCAUUGCUCAGUUCUGAGCCACUGGUUCUUUUUGGAAGUUAUUGUAGUUAGACUGAAGAGUUGUUCAGCAAAGUUUUAUAUAGUAUUUCAGAAACUGAGUUUAAUUUUUGGCCAUAUAGCAUGUGUGGGACCAGCUUUGCACAGUUGCUGAUGGAGUCUUUUUCUGCUUCUGAGCCUUAAUAGUUUAGAAUAUGGAAUCUUUGUUUCACAGAGUAUGUUUUGAUAUGUGGCUAAAGUAAAUUUUAAAAACACUGUUUUAUAUCCUUUACGGACCUCAGUUUGGCAUCAAAAUGCUGCUGCUGAAUUAGUUCUUGCUUGUUUUCAGUCAUGAAAUUUAAUCAAGUAAUUCAACUUUUAAAGAAAGACGCUUUUUAGGGACUUGACAGCACAGGGUCAUAAGCAGAACAUUUAAACUUUGGUAAUAUCAAGAUUUUUUUUAAAAUAUACUUUAAUUUCAGUCCUGUUUUGAUUAUUUUUUUCACUUUUUUUCUUUUUUCUUUUUUUUUGGUGAGUUUCUGGUUGAUAAUUAAACUGAGACACUUUUGUCAGAAGUUCAGUAUUUCUCAUACAAAUGUUUUUGACAGAUCUUAAUUAUUAGUUUAAGAGCUAUAUUGGGAAAAGAAUUAAUUGCUAACAACUCAGUAAUAUAAAUUUGGGCUUUAAAAAUCACUUUCUGUACUUUGUUUUUAAGCUGCCUCUUUGUUAAGUUUUUCUUUAGGGGAUAUUUUGAAUAUAUAUUCAUGAGAUGGAGAGGUAUUUUGUCAAUAAACAGUGUUGUCAACCUUCAGACAUGUUAACUGGUAACUGCAGUCUGAUUUUACAUUAAUCAUGUGUUGUACUUGGCACUAGAAUCAGAGAUAUAAAAUGUAAAAAGAUGGAACAAAUUUCAAGAAGAGUUAAAAACUUGUUCUUCUGUUUACUCAACACAAAGUGUUUAAGUAGUUUACCUACUGAUUCAGAGAAGUUGCCUAUUUUCUUCCAGGCCAAAGAGGGUACCUAGUACCUGCUGGGUGUUUGUAGUGUGGGAACUCUCCUGUUUGCAAGUCUCUAGUUUAGAUGUUCUGUUAUUUGCAUACCUGGGGAUGUGCAUGACAUGAAUAUUAAUAGUCUUGAAAUCAUUUUUGCCAAAAUGCAAUAUCCAAGUGGGUCAUACUAUGCCAUAUAGUGCUGUAUGCUUUCAUCUUCUGUUGUGUAACUAUUAUUGGUCCUUCUGAUCUUUUAAAUGGUACUGUUUGAUAUGUUUGCAGUAGUUCUGUUUAUUAAGAAGUAAUUAGUGUAUUUAAUGCAGAAUGCCUUUAAGUAUUUGAUGGUUACAAUAAAUUUUUGUAAAACAUU